AUGUCUGGACACAGAAAAAAGCCAGCUAAGUCUACAAAUGGAGCAGCAGAGCAUGCCACUUGUUCACAGAAGACCAAGUCAGCCAAAGCUGGUUUGCAGUUCCCAGUGGGCCGUAUUCAUCGGCUCUUGAGGCAGGGUCAGUAUGCUGAGCGAAUAGCCGUGGGAGCUGCAGUCUAUCUGUCUGGUGUGUUAGAGUAUGUAACUGCUGAGGUAUUGGAGCUCUCAGGAGAUGCAGCUUCAAGCAACAAAAAGCAGCGAAUUGGGCCAAGACACAUCCAGCUGGCAGUGCGGAAUGAUACUGAACUCAACCAGUUGUUUGCAAAUGUGACCAUUGCUGAGGGAGGGGUUCCUCCCAAUAUACUGCCCCAACUGCUUCCACAGAAAUCUGAAUUGCCUAAGGAAGUAGUAAAAGAUGUUUAGCCACAAGAAUUCUAAAACCUGCUGUUGCUGUGUUAUACAAAUAGACUCUGUUGAAAAAAGUAGCCGCUGUAAGAACCCUUGUUUUCAGUGAAGGAUACUGCACCAGCUUGUGCGUAAAUUGUCUAGUCGUCCAAUUCCCAGUAUAAUUUUUAAAACUGAAAUAAAGUUAAAUAUUGUUAUAAAACCAUUAAAUACUAUCACAUUGUAACAAAUUCAAACGAACUCAUCUUUUGUUUAUUUCAUUUGUCAUCCACCUUUCUCAUUGAGACUCAAGGAGGAUUACAGAGUUAUAAGAGGCAAUG